AUGGCCCCGAAAUCCGCGACCUCAGACCUAUCGUCCAGCGAUUUCCUCGAUUCUGUGCCCGCUCGUUUGCUCAAUGAGUUCCGUGAUCACGUACGUUUCGGUUUUUCACCCGCGUGGAUCCAAGCGCACCCUGACACCUUUCUGAACACCGACUGGGUCAACAUGGGCCAUUUGCAGCAGUGGCUCGACGAUCAUGCACAUGGAAAACGCGUUAAACAGGAGGAAAACGCCGCCAGCACCGCGUUUGACGCGUCGAAAUCUCUCGACAACACCCCUAAGUCGAAGCCAGAGCCGUUUGACAUCGAACUGACGCGCCCAGACACCGCUGGCGACAUCAAAAUACGCGACAUCCAACGUGACAGAAAUCCUCGACUCAGAUGA